AAGUUGGUAAUACUGAUUAAAUGCGAUUCUUCUUCCGGCUUCACAAUAUACAAUAUAAUUGUAAGCUCACCAAAUAAAUCGCCAUUUGUAAAAAUUUCCUUGAUCACUGAGCGUUGAGCAGCAAGAAACAUCCUAGGGAACGAUUGGAGUGGCUAUAUUUAAACAGUAAGAAGGUCAUGAUACUUCACUUCUAGGUAAAAUAUAUCAUGGAAGUAAUAGAAUGUCAAUAUAAUUUGGGAAAUUAUAUUUAUACUAUCAGAGACUCUAAGGAUGUACAUACUAAAUUGAAAAGUGAUCCUGUUUUUAUUACAGAGUAUAUUAAAUUAAAUGGUGAUCAUUUGGAAUUUGAAGUACAAAAUCAAAAAAUACCAACAGAUUCUGGAUUCGUUUGGACAAAAAAAGCAACGUUAUUGCUUAUGGAGGAAUACCAUGCUAGGAAAGAAAAGUUUAGAGAUUUUACGAUAAAGAAGAAAUCAUUAUGGAGAGAAAUAGCAGUUGUAUUUGAAAAGAACAAUUAUUACGUUUCUCCAGAAAAUUUAGAUAAAAAAUUUAGAAAUUUAAAAAGAACUUACAUUAAAAUUCGCAAUAACAUUAAAAAAUCACCUAAUGAAAAGGAUAGAAUUACGUGGGAAUAUUACGAAUAUUUAAAAACUAUUUUUGAAAAAGAUUAUAAUAUAAAUAAUUCUAGUACGAUAAAUAAAAUUGUAGCUAAGUCCGAAGGUGAUGAAAAGAUAUCGAAAAGUAUUGUUCAUAAUAAGAACUCGUUAUCUGGAAAACCUGUGGAGGAUGAUGAUUCUAUUUUAAUAUUAUCCGAUCAAUCAGAUCAAUCAGAUCACUAUAACAAUACUGAACAAAUAUUUUGUGAUGUAAAACCAAUUAGUAUACACAAAGGAGUUAAAUUAAAGAUGCAAAGAAAAAGACAAGCAAAAACUUUUAGAGAAGAACGUCUUAGUUUAGAAAAAGAAAAGGUUAAAGAGCUUAGACGUUUACGAGAGGCUAUAGAAAAUAAUAAUGAAAUACAGAGAGAGCGUAAUCAAUUAUUCUCAUCUCUUAUAAUGAAUAUAUCAUAUGAAUCAUUAAACGAAUAUAAGUUUGGAUCUUCUUAUGAGAAAGCAUAAAUAAUAUGAAUUUAUAUUGUGAACAGGGUAUCAAAUGUGAGUAAGAAUAAGUUAUUAUAAAAGUAUAUCCCCUUAAGAGAUAAUUUUCAUUAUUAAUAAAUUUGAAUUCGAUUAAAAUGAAACCAAAGCAGUCCGAUUCGACCUAAUAUAUUUAUAAAAAAUAUAUUGAAGAUAGUUUUUUAUUUAUAAGAAAUAUAUUGACUAUAGUAUAAAAAUAUUUGUAUAAUAAAAUCUAGUAAAAUUGAGAUCUAAUCUAUUAACUAGAGAUAUAUAUAUGUCUAUAAAGAAAAAUGUAUAUAAUAGAUUUUUUUAAUAAUAAAGAACAUACAUUUUGAUAAUUACUACACGUUUGUGAUAAUAAUAAAAAAAGAAUAAAAAGUCAUAAAUAAUUAAUUAGCAAAUUCGUUAAGAAAAUCAUCAAAAACACAAGAAAAUUCAAUUCAAUCUAUUUCGUCAAUCAUAUUCUUAUAACUUUGUUCGAUUUAAUUUUUUCAAUGAAAAUUAUUUAAAUGCACAUCAAUACAUUAUUGGCAGUAUAUAUUUACAUGAUACAACAAUAAAAAAUAAUACCAUUGAUUUGUUGUCUUUGAGCGCUAAAUGUAGAACUUGGAUAAUCACAUUUUUAUAGAAUUAUUUAAUACUACAAUUUUGUUGUCAAUAAUUAUCAUGUGGGCGAGUGUAAAUGGAAAUUCAAAGAUAAGAAUCUAUGCGAUAUACAGCGUGUCCCAGCUACAGGAAAUCAAAUAUUUUUUUUGUUUUUUAUUAUACGACAAAUUUUUAUGGUAUACUUUGAAUGGUUUAGAAAGAGAUAUGUUAUGAAAAAAAAAAGAUUUUUUUUUAGGUCAUUUUUUUAUGGAUUUUUUCAAAGUCA